UGUAGAUGAGAAUUAGGAUGAUCAUCUGAUUCUCACGCCGGGAGGUACGACUUGCUCACGAUCACCGACUCGUUCUCGUUUGAUUUGGUUUCGGAUUUUCAUUUUCCGAAUUGAACUCGGAAGCAUGGCAUCAAAAUUGGUACAACUUCAGUCAAAGGCAUGUCAGGCUUCAAAGUUUGUGGCCAAGCAUGGGACUUCCUACUACAGACAGUUGUUGGAGCAGAACAAGCAAUUUAUUCAGGAGCCUGCAACUAUAGAGAAGUGCAGUGAGUUGUCUAAGCAACUGCUCUACACUCGUCUUGCUAGCAUUCCCGGGCGCUACGAGACAUUCUGGAAAGAAGUAGACUACGCAAAGACGUUGUUGAAGAACAGAGCGGAUCUGAAGGUGGAACAUGCAGGAAUCGCUGCAUUGUUUGGCCUAGAAUGCUUUGCUUGGUAUUGCGCAGGUGAAAUCGUUGGCAGAGGAUUCACUUUCACCGGUUACUACCCUUGAUAUUGACAUAACAAUGUCUUUGUCAGAAUAUUCUUCUGAUGCUUGUAACUUCCUCCCAUAUGAUUGUCAGCUACUUCCUCGAAUACAUUUUUUUUAAAGCUGUUUUUUUUCCCUGAAACAGAGUUUUGGAACUAAGGAAAAAACCCAUUUU